AUGAGCAACGACGCGCCCACGCCCAUCUCGGACGACGAGGUAGUGGCGCUGACCAAGGCGGCUUUUGAACACUCCCGCCAGGACAUCAACCACCGCGCCGCUGCCGAGACGCCGCGGGAACUGCAGCAGCAGCAACCGGGCAUCACCAUCGAUCUGGGCCACAAGAACAUUGCCCGCCUGCCAGACGAGGUGAUUGAUGUCAUCAGGGCUGAGAUUGAGAGGUACACUGAACCACUUGCGCUUGCUGUUACCGUCUCGUGCAUACGUCUCCGCUACCUCAACGUGCGCUACAAUGCCAUGCGCGAGAUUCCCAAUGCCAUCCUCGAAAUGACAUCCUUGGAGAUUCUCGAUGUCAGCAGGAACAAGAUUAGAUCAAUCCCGACCAAGAUUGCAAACCUGACGUCGCUAAAGGUGCUAGCCAUUGCGAAAAACAAGAUUGAGGAGCUGCCCGUUUGUCUGGGAGAGAUCAACAGUUUGCAGGUCCUUAAGCUAGACGGUAAUAUGCUCGUAUUCCCUCCCCCCGAGGUCUGCACCAUCAAGGACAACGCCCCCUCGCCAGCAAACGAGAACGAGCGAGACGCCGUCAUCGCCACCCAGGUCAAACGCUUCAUGCGCCAACACGUUGCAAAAGAGCGUCAGCGGGACGAGAGGCUACGGGCUGAAUCUUCUGGAGACGAGAGUUGGACCGAGAGCAACCCGGAGACACCUCGUCCGUCGAAGCGAGCCAACGGAGGACGAUUUCCCGUAAGACCCAGCGUAGGCAACUUGGACGGCUUCUCUGAAGGCAAGAUCGACUCUCCCGGCCUGGCCGCCCCGCCUAUCCCGGUUCGCUCCCAUUUCCGAGUCGGAUCUACCACAAGCAAUGGUAAUGCCAACGGUAAUGGCGUCAGCAAGAGACGUCAAAUCCCUCCACUGGUCCUGACAAAUGGAAACAACGAGCGCAACCGAAGCCAGAGUGAAGGGUCGGGGCCCUCGUCACACCGCCAGAAGCGCAUGGGCAUAUACACCAACAAGACGUCUGAACUGGGGUCAGUGGAUGAGCUGCGGCGGACCAGCCACUUCCGUGGUUUCAGCCAGGGCAUUGUGAUGCCUGCGAAUGCGGGGGGCAGUAACUUUCCAGGACCGGCAACCGCGGGCUUCUAUGGAGAUACAGGCACUGUGAGAUCCCUCGCGAAUAGGCCGCUAUCCGACGUGCGUGAGCACAGACGCGUGUCGCGUGCCCCCGAUAUCGUCGUUGAAGCUGCCAAGAACUUCCUCUAUGCCAUCUCGCAGCUUCAUGAUUGCGUCACACACAUGGUACGCUCAAUCAAGUUGACGGCCAAGACGAAAGAAAGUCUGCGUCGCAAGGAAGACUUUUACCGCAGGUUCUCCAGCACGUACCUAAACAUCCGUGCCUUGAACGAAGUCUUGCACAAGUUCGAUAGGCUAGUUGAAGAGGACGAGGACGAGGCCCAGAAGCUCUCUAGAAGUGUUUACAUGUACGCACUGAGGUGUCUUGACUCCUUCAUGGCCAUCAGUCUUUCCAUCGCCGAGAACCGCAUCGAGAUUGUCCACAACGCCAACCCGCACAUCAUGCGGACCUUUUUACUGCUUCAACAAGGCAGUUUGAUCGAGAUGAGGAACGCUUGCUCAAUCUUGGGUGCGCAGUUCAAAGACUCGGCUGCAACCCCAACGAGACUCAACGGUGGUGACGCACUCGCGACAGUACGGGCGCGCCCAUCGAGGGUUCGCCGGCUCCAAGCGUCCCCGCCACAGCGGAACGGGUAUCAGAUGCCUCCGCCCGUCAUACUGCACAGUAAUGACAAUAGCCGAUCGAACACCAUGACGAGCCUUAGCGCGAUAACCCCUCGCUCCGGAGAGUCCUUCUCCAUGGUUGGGCCAAACAUGACGCGGACAAAUACGAUGACUAGCACGAUGACCAGCAAUUUUGACGAAGCAGACGAAGAUGCUCAGUUCGACAGAGUCUACACAAAACUCAGGAAUGCGUCGGACGGCUGUAGAACCUCCAUGACGCAGAUCACGCGCAUGAUGCGAGAGCAAUUCGACAGCUUGCGACGCGAUCUCGACAACGAGGAUCCUAGGGUGAAGGCGUUGGCGAGCCUCAUUGAUAAGAGCAAUGAAGCCCAGCAGAUGGCGAUCCCUCUGUCUAGUCGGUUAUCACAAAUGCAGCUCAAAGACAGCUACACGCGAAAUCAGCCCGAGUUCUGGCAGCAAUGCAUGGGUUUCAUCAAGGCUUGGCAGGAACUGGCGACUGCGUACACCCAGCAAGGCAGAGAACACAAAUUGCUUACUACAGAUGUCAAAAAGCUUAUGCGACCGUUGCAUAAGAUGGUCAAGGAGGCUAGUCUGGCUAUCAACGACAGUCCUUGGUCAAAUCUCACUAGCAACAACUUGGGCUCGAUGGGACCGCCGAGUCUAUCAUCCAUCACCUCACGGACUCAGCCACCAAGGUUCCUCAACAAGCCUACGAGCACCAUGUCUUCGAAUGGCGGACCUGGGUUCCCGGGACCAAUCAACACUGCUAUUCCUCCCAUGAACUCGGUCUUCUCAGCACAACCUCACACGGCGACUUUCACGUCUCAAAGUUCUGGUGGAUAUAGUACACCGGUCCCCGCAACCCCACUGAGUGCGGCGCUAGGUGCAGCAGCCCAAGCAACUGUUCCCAGCACACCCAGGAUGCCUUCGCAAGGUUCCAAUACGCUCAACGUUUUCGAGCGAGCCGAUCGACUGCUAAACCAACCAAGCCGACGUGUCUGA